AUGAAGUUCCAAUCUGCCUUCAUCUUUCUCCUUUCCUUCGCUAGCGUUUCUCUCGCAGCCACUGUCGCCGUCGUUGUGUCCGACAUCAACAACCUCAAGGCGGGCGUCACCGUCCUGACUUCUCGCGUCAAGGCUUUCCCGAACACAGGGGGAAAGCUCCAGGAUGCUCUGGGCGUCCCAACCCCGAUUUCUGAGGCAGAUGGAGUGACCCUCUUGGUUGCCAUCAGGGCCUUGGCAAGCGCCAUUGUGGAUUGUUCGAAGGCGCUUAUCGCAAAGCACGCUGCCUUCGCUGCCCUUGCACUAGGCAAUAUCCCUUCCGUCGUGAGGGUUGAUUUGGUCAACUUGAGCAGGGCCACUACCGGCUUCGAGGAUCAGUUCACUUUAGUCAUUCCUACCGACCAGAAGCCGGACGCCGCCCAGGUCAGGACCGAAGCUGAUGAUGCUUUCAAAGCUGCUUUGGCGGUUUAUGUCUAG